GUGAAAACGAUGAACAAUUUUAAUGACGGACCAGCAUGGUGGAAAAACAUCCGUAUCUAUGAAUGUUGAAGAACUACAAAUACAAAUAACUCGAGUUUAAUUAUUUAUGUUUUAAAUCUUUCACCAGCUCUCCUCGGUGACUACACAUUCAGAGCAGUGACGUCAGUCAGCCGGUUACCGGGUGACCAUGUGGGGGGAGAUCGAGCCUCCCGUUAAACCCGAAACAAAACCGAGUCCGUGCGAGAGCGAGGACGAGAGCAGCGCCGCGGAGGAGCCGCAGACACCGGCCUGGAUGUGUCACUUCACCCGGCCUGCAGAGAGCCAGCAGCCGCGGGGAGACCCGCAGCACGUGAGCGCGGCGGAGUCCGCCUGUGUCAGAGACAUGCUGCAGGCCGUGGCCAUGAGCGGAAGCCCGGUGAAGAGCCAGCAGCUCGGAGAGGCCGAGCUGAGCCUGGAGGAGCGCAGAGAGGAGCUGCUGAGGCAGUACAGCAGCAGACCGCUGGUGUUCCUGGAGAGGUACCAUGCCUGCCUCAAGCCCCAGAACUUGUCCGCGUUUGCACACGUCUGCUCAGAUCCGCGGGUUCAUCACUACAGCAAAGUGAUACAGAGACGAGCUGCAGCGUGCACCAACAGGACCAGGGUUCGAAACCAGCGCUACGCCGCCCUCAGGGCCCUGCAGAAGGAGGGUCAGUAUUUCAGUGAGGAACAGAUGCGGAUAAGGGAGCCGCUGCUGUAUGAACAAUAUAUCGGCCAGUACCUGACUGAUCAGGAGGUGCUGGAGCGCUCCCAGGAAGCCUUGCUGGAGGAUGCACAGUCUGGACCAGGAGCACCAGCAGGAGGCACUGGAGGGCUCGCACACCUCCUCCUCAACUCCUACCAGGAGCGUCUCAUCCAGAAUCGUCUGCAGGAAGAGCAGGAGAGAGAGGAGGGCGCACAAGAGGAGGAGGAGGAUGAAGAAGACGACGAUGAUAACACUGUCCAGCGGCAGGAAGGAGAGCCCAGCCCAGAGGAGAAGGCUCUGCUCAGGGAGGAGUUCAUCAGUCAGAUGCAUCAACGCUUCCUCGAUGGCAAAGACAAAGAUUUCAACUACAGCGAGGUGGAUGAGAACCCGGACUACGACAACUUGGACAUAGUCAGCAGAGAUGCCGAGGAUAAAUACUUUGAUGAAGACGACGAUGAAGAUGAUGAAGAAGAAGAAGAAGAAGGGAAUAUGACAGAAUAGCUGCUGUAAUAGUAACAACUGUUAUAUUUGUUAUACAAAUGUACAAAUUAAGGAUAUGUAUUCAAUUUUUUUGUAAUGUUACACAUAAAUGGAAACGUGGCUGGUAAUAAAUAUUGUUUUUUGGA